AGACAGAACGUCGGUAAACCUUUUUUUUUCUAGUGCUCAGACAUUGUGGGAAAUAUGGCGGAACAGAUUAAAAAUGUUUCCCCGCUAGAAGAAGAGAAGGUUGGGCAUACAAACAAUGUACUCUCUCCAGACGAAAACAAAGAUGUGGCCGAUUCUCAAGAAAAGCCAGAAAGUGCAGAUAACAGUUUCAGUGUUUCUGCUCCUGACUCAAGUGCAAAUGGGCUUGAGAACCACUUUGAGAAAUUGAGUAUUCCAGUGACAAAGUACCAAAAUGGACAUCGACUAGAGAAUGAGUCUGAUACUACUGACUUGUACACCAAGAUAAAUUCCAAAGAUUUUGAAAUCUUUCACUGCAUAUCUUUAUUGGAGCACAACGACAACAUUGGUAUUCAAUAUUAUAUUUGUAAACGAAUCCAAAAGUUUCCAAUUGGCGAAUUGAGGUUUUUUGCCCCACAAUUUUUGCAGUUAUUGAUAACAAUGGAAACGCAAUCAAUGGCGUUGGAAGAAAUGAUCAAAGUUUUAUGCUUCAGGGAUCCCCAUUUCGGAUUAAUUAUCUUCUGGCAUUUGCAGGCUAUGCUACAAGAUCUUUCAAAAGAGCCAGAGAGUGUGGGUUUUCAAACUUGCAAAAGGUUGGUAAACGAGUUACAAUACCAUCUAUUCAACUACUCAACCAAUUCGAAGACGUCCAACUCCAGCUUUGUCUCCAGUUCGGGAGUUGUUCCUAGAAAUGACUUAAAUAAGGAUUUCAAGCCAAAUAUCUAUCCAAGCAUUAUUUUUGCAACCUCAUUGCUUUCUGGUAUGACAGUUCCUGAGUCUACAGCUUACGUGGAGCCAAUUGUAAGGAUGGAAGGAAAAAAGGUUAAAACUAUGGUUUUUGAAGUAGUAAAAGACAUCAAGAAGAGUCUAACUGAAAACUUGACCAAGAAGAAUACAUUAAACAAUGCUCUUAUGGGUAAACAACGUGUUUAUACAGAUGAUUUGAAACGUUCUAAAUCCAUCAAUGUUCUAAAGGAGCGUAAAACUUCAUCUCCAAAUUUAAAGGCUAGAGGUAGUUCAGAAUAUGUCAAAACAAGAAAAUCUGAGGAGCUAGGAUUUGAAAUGAUUGACACUUAUGCUGACAUGAAUCUUCCUAACCUCCGCAAACCUUCUUUGAAGGGCAGAAAUCACCGUGGGCUUUAUCAUGUUCACUCUUCGGCUUCCAUUAAUACAACCCCCGAGGCGGUUGUUGAAGAGAGCAAUGAUACUACGAUGGACACUUCAAAUCUAGCAAGGUCGAUGCCUGAUCUCCAUGAUAAUGUUGAUGUGAUAUCUAACGACAGUAAUACAAUUAUGUCUUCUCCUAAUUCCUCUUUGGGGGAUUUGGUAACUAGCUAUCCAUCAGAUGGCUCAUAUGCCUCAUCUAUUCGAAACUCUUCAGAUUACAAAGACAGUUUGGAAAUCCCAAAUUCGGCCCAGAGUAGUGUCAAUGCUGGCUCUAAACUACACCAGCACGUGCUUUUGACGGAGAACCAGAAGAUCAAGCUUCUUAAGUCGAGUUACUUCAAAAAUGAAACUCAAUUUGUCAUUGCCUUGCAAAACAUAUCCAUUCGGUUGUCGAAAGUUCCAAGAGAGGCAAGGUUAUCAACGUUGAAGGCAGAAUUAUCAAUUUUAAACAAAGAUCUGCCUUGUGAAAUUGAUAUUCCUAUGUUAUUACCGAAAAACAAAAAGGGAAGACUACACAAAAUUUGUAGAAUUGCCGUGAACGAAAGUGCGGUUUUGAAUUCAGCUGAAAGAGUGCCUUAUUUACUGCUAGUUGAAUAUUUAUCUGAUGAAGUGGAUUUUAACCCUGCUUCCUCAUCAAACAAGAAGAUUUUGAGAAAUAUACAAGACUACGAUGACAUUUCGGGAAGCGACAAAUACAAGUUUGACCUUUCUUAUAAAUCGCCAAAAAGAAUUAUCUCUACAGCUUCAACAGCAGAUUCAACCUUUAAAGCAGAUGGCAUUAGUGAUGUUGAGGAAAGUGAUUUGGCAGACAUUUCUGUUGUGAAACUUACCAACAAAUUGAAUAAAUCUCAAAAAAUUGAGCUAGGUAGUAUCCUUCUGAGAGAUAAUGCUUCUUUACCGAUUCCACCCCUUAAUGCAUUAUCGGAUCAUGAGCAUAAUAUUGCCACGCAAUUAAGGAUUGCAUCCAUCAUGCUCACACAACUUGAUUCUCCUAACUCACCACUACCCCAAUUGCAGGCUUCACAGAUAAAAGAAAGAAUAAUCAGUUCAAUGCAAACCAUGCAAGCCAGGUUUGCUCAUAAUGCAACCGAAGCGGCGGGGGAGCGUAAAUUGUCUAACGAUAUGAAAGUGGCAGGCUUGAGUUACUUGGGCGAAGAUUGGAAUACCAAGAAAGCUCGUAUUCGUUCGGAGAGUAGAUUUGGACAUUUGGAGAACUGGGACUUAUUUUCCAUGAUUGCAAAGACAGGUGAUGAUUUGGCUCAAGAAGCUUUUGCCUGUCAACUAAUCCACUUGAUGGCUAAUAUAUGGUACCAAGAUAAGGUUAAGGUCUGGGUCAAGAGAAUGAAGAUCAUAGUAACAUCUAUAAACACUGGUCUUGUGGAAACUAUAACGAAUGCUGUUUCCGUACAUUCUAUCAAAAAAGCACUGGAAAAAGAUAUGCUUGAACAUAACGAAUUUCCAAUUAGCGGCGUUGUUACCUUAAAAGAUCAUUUCAAAAGACUGUUUGGUGACGAAAAUAGCAUCAAAUAUAAAAUUGCACAAGAAAACUUCAGUUUAUCUCUAGCAGCUUAUUCUGUUAUAUGCUACAUUCUUCAAAUCAAAGAUAGACACAAUGGUAAUAUCAUGCUGGAUUCUGAAGGACACAUUGUGCAUAUUGACUUCGGCUUUUUGUUAUCCAACUCUCCUGGAUCUGUUGGAUUUGAGGGUGCACCUUUCAAAUUAACCCAGGAAUAUAUUGACUUACUUGGUGGAUUAGACUCUUACUAUUUUAAGAAAUUCAAGCUUUUAACCAAGGAAGCAUUCAAAUCAUUGAGGAGAAACGCUAAGUGUAUAAUAGACAUGGUUGAAUUAAUGCAAACAGAUUCUUCAUUACCUUGCUUCAAAGCAGGUGAGAAUACUUCGGUCUUGUUGGAACAAAGAUUCCAACUUCAUUUGACCGAUGAAGAGGUCGAUUCUUUCAUAGACAACUUCUUGAUCAACAAAUCUUUGAAUAGUGCAUAUACCAGAUUGUAUGAUCAGUUCCAAUUGUUGACGCAGGGUAUCUAUAUUUGACUUUUUCAGAUUAAAGUAAACUUUAAUUGCUAUCAAAGUUUUCUGCCACCAGGUUCCUUUUGUCCUUUUAUUUUCAUUAUAUAUUUCAAAUAUAUUUAUGCAUGUAUAAGAUCUAUCUAUGUAAAAAGUUACGAUAUUUA